CCGCUCUCAAACAGCUCGACCCACGACCAUUUUUCCUCGCGCUCCUUUUGCUUUUAUUCCUCCCGGUUCACAUCACACAGCUCCAUCACAUCACACAGCUCCAUCUCGACGGGGGUCUGUCAUCCAGUGCUGUCAGUGCCAAUAUCCAGUGCUGUCAGUGCCAUACCCCCGCUUCCCCCCAUUCCCAUAAGCAAGCGUAGCUUCCCCCCAUUCCCAUAAGCAAGCCACAGCACAGCACAGCCAACAUGUCAUCACACCAAGCGCUCCAGGGGUACCUGUGGUGUGGCAUAUUUACUGGAGCAACCACACCACGGCGGAAGAGGAGGAAGGUUGCUCCGGUUACCCCGCGGUUGCCCAUACGUCUGCCAACUGUGCAGACACCUUUGCAACCCCCGCGAUUCCAGUUCCCACCGUCUGUCCAACGCCACUUGCCCGAAGCCAUUGCAGACAUGGUCAGCGAGAGUUCCGGCGAUGAAGACGGGCAACAGCACCAGCAGCAGCGAGGGCUUUCACCCGUGGACAGGGGUCUGCAGCGCCCACUGAACCUCCCCGCGCCCAUCCCUUUCCGUUUUCCCAGCACACCGGGUGGAUCCCUGGUGUAUGAACCCCCGCCACCACCACCACCACCAGUUCAACGACCCCGCCCGCAAACACAUGCCAGCACCAAGGUUUCGCUUCACCGAAUCAUCCAUAAUCAAAAUCAAGUUCCAAGGGAGCGCCUGGCAACGUUCAUCGCCGAUGUUCACGUCCUUGCGCGCCACACCACCUUCUUUAUCAAGUACUACCUUGGUGAGUUUUUGAGGUACACUAUACUGUAUAUUUCCCAUAAAACAAUGUCCUGACUGCUACAUCUGCCCACCCCACCACAGCUGAUCAUCCUCUACACGAUUUCCCGGACAUCACCGACAAGCACAUUAGUGUGAUAUUUGAGCUGCUAA